AUGACCGUUGAAGAUCCAUCAAGCGUGAUGAAGAUCUAUAAUGAUUCGAAUACAGUCUCUAGAAACGUUAUUCAGAGAUAUUUCUGCUCCGGCUGUGGAAGUGGCAUCUUCACAAAGACUCCGAAGGCACCUGGGAAGGUAUUCCUCAAGGCCACCCUCUUCCCAACCGUGGCCCCAAAAGGAGGUGAGGUUUUCACGGAAAGUCAGCUGCGCCUAUGA